GUCUAUUAUAUAUACUUCUUCACUUCCUGUGAUACUUUCAUUUCCCCAGCUCUGGUAGCACAUAUCUCAAACAGAAUGUUGAUCAGAAAGAAGAGUGGAGAAAUCCUCAAGUCAUCUUUGAAGUCCCGCCCUGCACUUACCAAGAAUGUCUCCUUUAAUAAUUUCUUAGACAUCAAAACCUUUGAUGGAACACAGAGUCCCCUGAGUAUCAGCCGCAAAAACUCCCCCAACCAGUCACCACUGGAUAGUCCGUUCAACUCCCCCAAUCCGUUCUACGCAGACCCCAACCCACAGUAUCAGUACUUUAUUAAGUCCCACAAUAUCAACACAUCUGCCACAUCGCACAACCCCGUCCAUCUAAAGUCCAUCAACUAUUAUGACAAUAAACUUGUGGGUUACUUUUAUUGUUUGAACCUUGGUUACGAAAAGAGCUUUCAAUUAAAGCUAACCUUCAAUCACUGGCAAACAUCAAUUCUUUUCAACUCUAAUUUCAAGUAUACCAGGUCCGUUGGGGACUACGAUGAGUUUAAGUUCGAAAUGCCUCUUAAUGUCACGAAGGACUUCGAGUUUGUGUUGAGUUAUAAGGUCAACAACCAGAUCUACUGGGAUAAUAACAACCGUUCUAACUACAAGGUGACGGUGUCAAGUGCUUUGCAACAUCAUGACUUGGAUAGACAUGUGUUUGACUUGAACUAUGACAUAGACUAUGACUACAACACGGAGGUCUCCGAAAAGUCUAGUACAGAAGGGGGCUACCUUGACACUGAGUACGUGGAUCUGCUUCUCAAUAAGUUUAUCAGUACCGACUACAAAACCAUUUUACAGAAUUACUGUUUCCAUGGCGAACCAUCUCAGAGCUACUUUUCUUUGAGUGACGAAAUUCUGAUUUAAUGGCCUUACAUAUUCACACAUCACAAUCACACAAAAGCUUAUGGAGCUUAUCAUGUUAAAUACCGGUUUUCUUUUCAUUUAAUUUUUUCCCUUGACUGGUUGGUGCCAGUCUUGUUUCAAUUUGUAUAUAUGUAUUAACAAUGUAUAACUUCCACUUGAAGCACUGCCUUGGCUUAUUGCGUUCUGGUUACACACACAUCCUAACCAGUACGUUCUCUAAAAAAAUAUUUUUGUGGGUUGGCUCCGGUUUGACCGGUCCUUAAAAUUAAUGGUCAUGAUUGCUAAACAAGCAGAUAUUAAUUUUUCCACCUAGGCGAACAGAACCCCGUGCACCGACAAAGGAUUUCCAUACCAACGUACCAGUCAAUGAGUGGUUACAAAGAGACCCGAUGAUCGUAGAGUUUACGUGAGGCGACAACCGGUCCGGAGUUUACCUUUGCUGGUGGUGUAAAUCUCUUGGUGUGGAGAUGACGAUCGCUAGGGGCUAGAAACCCUCUUGCAUGCGAAAGCACCAAGGGGUUUUUUAAUACGAAAUGUGUUGGGUUCGUCUAUUGUUGCAGAUGAUAUGAUUUUCUGUAGCCUUGCAUACGAGUAUAAC